AUGUUUUCCAGAACCGUCACUCUCGCCCUUCUUGCGGCUGUCGCUGAAGCUCGUUUCGGACAAGAGCAAGGCAACGGUGCUAUUACUGCUAUCGGUGCUCUCACUGAUCUCGGGACCUCUGGUCAAGCUGCCACUUUGGCAGGUGGCUCUAUCCAGUUCCUUCUGGCUGCAGCCAAUCCAUGUGGCAAGCUUACCCAGGCCGAUAACAUCAUCACCGAGCUAGGCAACUCUGAUCGUGCUGUCGCUGCUGCUCGAGGACUCGUUGCUGCCGAGCAGAACUUCAACCCAUUUGUUGUUUCUAUCCCAUCCAUCUGCUCGGAUCCUACUCUUCCAAAAAGCGCAGAGCUACGCGGUGUUGUUCCUCUCAUCGACCCUGCUGUUGGAGGAUCUGACACCGAAAACACACUCUCUGCUACAUCCAUCACUACUCCUUUCACCGCAGAUGGAUUGAGUGUCGCUCAGGUCAUGGCUGCUCAGGGCUUCACCAACUUCACUGCCGUCGCUCUGGAUGGAUCGAAGAGCACCGUUGACGCUGGAGCUGCAGCUCCAGUAGUAGCCCCAGCUACCAAUGCUACUGCUUCUUUCAGCAACUCUACUGCUGCCCCUACUGCCUCUGUCGACGCCUGUGGAGCGGUAGCCGCUGCCCCAACCACCCUCGCGACCGUCACACAAGCUGCUACUGCAAGCACAGCCGCACCUGUCGCGACCGGAGCCGCUUCUACUGGAGGGGCCGUCAGAGAUACUUCUACCUGCACAGGAUCCGGACAAACACUCAUCUGCACGGCUCCAGAUGUUGGAUCUGGUGCUAUCUCUGACCCAGUGACCGGUACUUUCGAGGGAUUCGCUGCCUCUUCUCUUGGUCUCGACUUUGGUCUCUGUGUCCCAACCAUGAAAUUCGAAUUGGGCUUGAACGGUCGCUCGCCUACCGCCGGCACAUUCCAAGCUGUUGAUCCUCUUUGCAACAAGGGACAACAAGAAGCUCUCAACCCAGCGAUCAUCACCAACCGUAUCAAGGAUCAGCUUCUGAACGCUUGCGGUGCUUCCCAAGCCGCUAAGGAUGCUGUUGCUGCCGCUGCCGCUCAAGUUGUUGCUGCUGGUACCCGAGAUGCUACCACAGCUGACCUUUGGAACACAGCUCUCGGUUUCGCUGGAGCAAACACCAACCCUGACAACGCUCCUCAAACUGGCCUCGUUGGCCACACAUAG